UUAACAAAAACUCAAAACAAACAGCCAAAAACCAGUUUCGGAAACCCAGUGACCAAAACAUGGCCUAUUGUUUUCACUUUUUCCAUUUCAUGAUUGAGUUAUAAAUAUCCCCAGCCAAUACAGUGCCUCAACAAAAUCAACUCAGUAAACAACAAAAGAUCUUCUCUAUAAAAAGUUGUCAUAUUUAGCUAUCAGUAAAAGAAAUCAAGAAAAUGUCGACUACUGUUGGGCAAGUCAUUCGUUGCAAAGCUGCUGUGGCAUGGGAGGCUGGAAAACCAUUAGUGAUCCAGGAGGUGGAUGUCGCUCCUCCACAGAAAAUGGAAGUUCGUCUUAAGAUCCUCUACACUUCCCUCUGUCAUACUGAUGUAUACUUCUGGGAAGCUAAGGGACAAAAUCCAGUCUUUCCUCGAAUUCUUGGACAUGAAGCAGCAGGGAUUGUGGAGAGUGUUGGAGAGGGAGUAACAGAACUUGCUCCAGGAGACCAUGUUCUUCCUGUGUUUACAGGGGAAUGCAAAGAAUGUGCUCACUGCAAAUCGGAAGAAAGCAAUAUGUGCAGCCUCUUAAGGAUUAACACUGACAGGGGAGUGAUGAUUCAUGAUGGACAAUCAAGGUUUUCCAUCAAUGGGAAGCCCAUUUACCAUUUUGUUGGGACAUCCACUUUUAGUGAGUACACUGUGAUUCAUGUUGGAUGUGUCGCGAAAAUUAACCCCCUUGCUCCUCUUGACAAAGUAUGUGUCCUCAGUUGUGGAAUCUCGACAGGCCUUGGAGCAACUUUGAAUGUUGCUAAACCGAAAAAAGGCUCAAGUGUGGCUAUAUUUGGAUUAGGGGCUGUAGGCCUUGCAGCUGCAGAAGGAGCAAGAAUUGCUGGUGCUUCAAGGAUAAUUGGUGUUGAUUUAAAUGCUAGCAGAUUUGAGCAAGCUAAGAAAUUUGGUGUGACAGAGUUUGUGAACCCAAAAGAUUAUAGUAAACCAGUUCAAGAGGUAAUUGCUGAGAUGACCGAUGGCGGAGUCGAUAGGAGUGUGGAAUGUACUGGUCAUAUUGAUGCUAUGAUUUCAGCAUUUGAAUGUGUCCAUGAUGGCUGGGGAGUGGCUGUUCUUGUUGGAGUACCCCAUAAAGAAGCUGAGUUCAAGACACACCCCAUGAACUUGUUGAAUGAAAGGACUCUCAAAGGAACCUUCUUUGGAAACUACAAACCCCGUUCGGAUAUUCCUUCUGUUGUUGAGAAAUACAUGAACAAAGAACUUGAAUUGGAGAAGUUCAUCACUCAUACACUCCCAUUUGAUCAAAUCAACAAGGCUUUUGAUUUAAUGUUGAAGGGAGAAGGCCUUCGUUGCAUCAUCAACAUGGAGGACUAAACUUGCUGUCCUGGAGAAGGAGCUUCUGUUUAGUCACUAUUGUUUGAGAAAAGACCAAUAAAUUGUCAGUCUUAUUUUUCGUUUUUUGUUUGGUGAUUGAGUUGUAACAUUCCUGUCCAAGUCCAUCCAUGUCUUUUCUUAUUUUCUGCUUACAGAUAUGCUUUGUCCUUCACAAUGCCAUAUCUAUUUGUGUCGUAAAAUUUGCAAUUUCUCUGUAUAUCUAGUAUAUUUACAGAAUUUCAUCAAUUUCUAAUAUCCCAACAA